GUCUAGCGGAUACGAAAAUUCCUGAGGUCUUACAGAUACGUUACGCUAGCUGAACUUUCUAACUUUUGUGCUUUUUUGUGGCGUAGCCUUGGCGUGCUGCGUAUAGCCGUCUGGGUUUGCAUUUAACGCUUUAAUCGCUCAUUAAAUUGCAGUGCUUUUGAGCCACCCCCUUAGGGGAUCAUAUAUUUUAAUUUUAAACCCCGUUCUAGUUUAAACUUCCCAUGCAAGAUGCUUAUUCUCCAACUUGAUCCUCAUCCUUUCUUUCUCUUCCAAAGCUCAGAGUUUCCUCAACUACGUUCUCCUGUGCAUGGUGUUUACCACAUGGUUGGCCUGUCGUUCCGGGGAUCGUGGACUCAUCCCCAUUCUUCGCGCCAGGGGUUGGAAAUACUUCCUUCUAGCAGCAGUUGACGUAGAAGCCAACUUUCUUCUAGUGAAAGCUUACCAAUAUACGACAUUAACCAGCGUGCAGUUGCUGGAUUGCUUUACUAUCCCAACGGUCCUUGCUCUAUCCUGGAUAUUUUUGAAAGUCCGUUAUAAAAUUCUACACGUUCUAGGAGUUGGCAUAGCGCUCCUAGGAGUCGGAUGCUUAGUUUGGGCCGACUCUGAAGAGGGAAAGACGCAAAGGAUGGUUAGUAACAGGCUACUUGGUGAUAUGCUCUGCCUAUCGGGUGCUGCGCUGUACGGAAUAUCAAACGUGGCCGAGGAAUUCGUAGUCAAAACUUAUAACCAGGUGGAAUUUCUCGGGAUGUUGGGACUAUUCGGAAGUGUCGUCAAUGGAAUUCAAUUGGCAGUAUUAGAAAGGCAAGAAGUCGCUGUGAUAAAUUGGGAAAAGUGGCAAGAAGUGUCCUUGUUGUUGGGAUUUGCGGGAUGUCUCUUCCUGUUAUACAUAACCAUGCCAGUUGUCAUGAGGGUAAGCAGUGCCACAGCAGUUAACCUGUCCAUACUCUCUGCAGAUUUUUAUUCACUUAUUAUUGGCCUUUACAUAUUUGAUUUUAAGUUUCACUGGUUGUACAGUUUAUCAUUUGUACUCGUUGUUACUGGUGUGAUCGUGUAUUCAGUCAAACCCACCCCAAUUGCCACUGCCCAUUACAGAGAGAUGUCUGCAGGUGAGAUGCAAGGUGAUGUUGAAUUAGCUAAUCAGACACCCUGUAGUACAGUAACCUAUAAUUCUGUUGGCAGCACAAGAGAUGAAUCGGGGAGGGAACUAGUGUGGAACAAAGCUGCCACAGUAGUUUCUGUAUCGCACUCUGUGAGUGUACACGCUAGAGAUCAAGAUGAACCUAACCUUGAUAGAAGAAAUGGAUCAGCAGGAUUCCUACAAGAGAACGGAUGCUGAUAGAUAAGUGAUGAAUUCUGUGCCAAAAAUAAAAUCUGUGCUCAAUUUAUGGCUCGUUAUGGAUUCUACAUGCUGGAAACGUAGCCAUUUUUUGCCCAAUGAAGUGUCGAAAUUAUACACAACAGCUGCCAACAUUUUACACCAAAAAUUCCCCCACGAAUUGUACAAAAAUGGAGACACAAAAUCGAACAAUUUUCAUCCCCGGUGCACAAUUGUGUUUCUUGAAAACAGUGAGGAAGAAACAAACAUAAUAUGCUGUACAUAAUUAUAAUUAUAUAUAUAUAUACAUAUAUAUAUAUAUAUAUGAAUAUAAUGUACACAGACAUCAUAGGUGAUUGCGUGUACACCUAGAAACUAUUGUGUGAAGUCUUCACGCAUUCAUAUUGUUUUUUCAAGGUUUAAAUGAAUUUUUAAUUUAAAAAUUUUAGGUGAUAUAAAAAGAAAUAGAGGUCCAAACAUCUGUUAAACAAUUUUUAAUCGCUGCACUCUCUAAAAUUUUCACUGUUUCUUAACAAAGAAACACAUUAUGAUGUUUAAGGAAAGUCAAUUUAUAUAUAUAUAAUAUAUAUAUAUAUAAUCUGAUAUACAGUUCAAGCUGUGGGAGUGUUAAGAUAAUGUUCAAGGCUAAAAAAAAACACCAAAUUCAUGAAAAAUUGUGUCAAAUUUCGUUGAAAUCCCCACAAGUUUGUGCCUGUGAUGAA